GUUUUUCACCGGCCUGCAGCAGGUAGACGCAGCUGCUGUAACGGAGAUGGCCAAUUUAAAUUGGAAACCGUUCAUUUACGGAGGGAUGGCCUCGAUUGUCGCAGAAUUCGGUACGUUUCCCAUCGACUGUACCAAGACGAGGCUACAGGUCCAGGGUCAGGCCCAGUACAUGGAGGUGCGCUACAAGGGGAUGUUCCAUGCCCUCUACAGGAUCGGCAAGGAGGAGGGCGUCAAGGCACUCUACUCAGGGAUUUCCCCGGCGCUGCUGAGACAAGCUUCAUACGGGACAAUCAAGAUCGGAACGUACAACACCCUCAAGAGACUGUUUGUCACCAAUCCCGAAGAUGAAACCAUGGUGAUCAACGUGUUCUGUGGGGUGGUUUCCGGAGUGCUGUCGUCCUCCAUGGCCAAUCCCACCGACGUCCUCAAGAUCCGCAUGCAGGCCCAGGGUAGCUUGCUCCAAGGCAGCAUGAUCUCCAACUUCGUCAACAUCUACAAGACGGAAGGCACCAGGGGGCUGUGGAGGGGGGUGAUUCCCACGGCCCAGCGGGCGGCCAUUGUCGUCGGGGUGGAACUCCCCGUCUAUGACAUCACGAAGAAGCACCUCAUCAGCUCGGGCACGAUGGGAGACACCAUUUUGACGCACUUCAUCUCCAGCUUCACGUGCGGCCUGGCCGGGGCGGUGGCGUCCAACCCGGUGGACGUGGUGCGCACGCGCAUGAUGAACCAGCGCGCCCUGUCCGGAGGCCCCGCCUACAAGGGCACGCUGGACGGCGUGAUGCAGACGUGGAAGAACGAGGGGUUCUUCGCCCUCUACAAGGGCUUCUGGCCCAACUGGCUGAGGCUGGGGCCCUGGAACAUCAUCUUCUUCAUCACCUUCGAGAAGCUGAAGCAGAUGCCCUUGUAACGCCAGCCUGCGGUCGGACACUCCUUUUAAACCAUGAAGCCUACAGUCUGCAAGGGCCGCUUAAGCAGGUGCCCUCGUAGAGCCGACCUGGGCGGGACUCUCCUUUUUAACCAUGAAGCGCGACUGUUUGUUAACGUGUUGGGUGCGUGUGUAAGGAGCAGAACCACUGGUAUGUUCCUGAAGUUGGCCCCCCAUCCAUCCCAUCCCCCCCCCCCACUUCACUCUCGAUAAACACCAGCGCCUACACACACUCACCCCACCCCCUCCCCCCCCCUCCCAAAACGACACGUUGAUAAAGCGUCUGCUUUUGUAUUUACUUUCCCAUCACUUCUUUUUAUUUAUGUGUGCGGUGGUUUGAAAGCGGUGCAAUACUAGAGCGUGUUUGUCAUUUGUUUUUCACUCUUAUCAUUGUCGGCAAACACUGAGCUGGCAGCUGAGGGUCUGGCUGAACAGGGGACGCCAUCCCAGAGCGGACAAGAGCCCGCUGCAAAGCCCGCCCCGCUAGUUAUAAGUGUUUUUUUCCGUUUGGCUGACCAAAGGGCUUGUCUGCUUUGGUUUGGGUUUACUUGACGUCUUGGCAUUAGCUUUAUGUCAAGUAUUUUAUGAAUGUACUUUGUUUUUUAAUUUUUUUUAUAGUUACAAUUUAGGAACGGGUUCUUGGCAACCGCUCUCAUAUACGCAAAAGUGUGUGAACGGUAAAAACUGUUUGUAUAGACAAACUUUGUUGUGUGUGUGUGUGUGUGUGUGUGUGUGUGCCCUGGCCAGCACGUGAUUGCAUGCCAUGUGCCAUGGAGUGUUUAGCACUUUAAUCGAACUGUUGUUGAAUUCUGAGACUCUUGACACAUAGAUAACCAAUAUUCAAGAUUCAUCAGGUGUGUCCCGCCCACUCUUCGCCAUGGCGACAUGUGGUGGGAGGGUGUGGUUCUGGGAACGGUUGCGGUUGGUGUUGCAAGCGGACAGCAUUUUAAAGUCUAACUAUCUUUUCUGUAGAACCGACAUUCCCACAAAACUAUAUCCUUACUCCCGAAAGCCAAAUUCCGACCAGUUUUGGUUGUUACCAUUUCUGAUGGUGUUAACCAUCAGAAAGCCUGAUAUUCAUUUUUUAUUUGAAAUUAUGACAUGUAGUUUUACUAGUAAUAUUGCUAAAAUGAUCAAUGAACAAUCAUGUAUCUCAGUUAUAGUUUCUGAAAAAAAAAAGACAAGGCAACGUCAGUGGCAAGACAUGGCUUGACACUGGGAUAUUAGAUUGAUUUAACAAAUUGAGGCUCUCUGUGAGCCUAUAAAUAUACAGAUGCAAUUAUGCAUUCAUCAUGAUUUGUCUUAAACUCCUUAAAUUCCUAGGACCAGCCCAGAAUCCUUACCAAAGCAGCCUACAACUGCAAUAGACUUAUUUGUAGCCUUUUAAGUCACAUCUUCAGUGUCCCUCAUUGGUGAUACCAUUGUGUUGCGAGGUGGGGAUCCACCUUCUGUGUAGAUGACGUCUAAACAUGGAGGCAGUGCAUUCAAUUCUGAUUCUAAGCACUUGUGCAUAGGAUGCACACUGCAAACCCCGGGGCAUCGGACAGAUUCGCACGUGCUUCAGUUCUCAUCCGUUAUUUGCCAAAAAUCAUACAGAGUUAAGAAGUGCUGAGUUUCGGACCGCAGCAUUAUUCUGCUGUCAUCCCCAUUAGCAUUGACUCUGUUCUCCACCCACACGUAUUACAGGAUGACGCACGGUAUUAAGAUGAACUUUGCAUAUACAAAUAUUUCUGUGUGUAGUCUUGACAAAAUUCAAAAAGGUCAGUAAUGAGUGUCAAGGUGUGCAGUUAGAAAGUGGCCAGUGAACGAAGGCAGAGAAUGCCUUUAGCUGAGGAUUAUUCUUUUAUUUUCUUCCUGGUUCUGGGGCUUCAAUAUGUUAGCCUGGUGACCAUGCUGAUUGCAUGAACUCACAUUCUGAGGUCACGUGAUUAGCCUGGUCUCCAAGCUACCCAUUAUAAAGCACCUUGGGUCCUGAGGGCUAUAAAAAAGGGAAUAGUGUAAACUAACUAUUAACUAAAAUUUGGUUCAUAUAUAAUAAUUACUUCCACCUUUUAACUGUAACCAAACAAAAACAUGACAACCUAAGAAUGUGAAUCUUCCUUGUUACUGAUUGGUCGGGUCAAAAUAUUUUUUUAUUGGUUUUAUGUUGUAGUUGCUCCUUUUUGGAGGCCUUUUACAGAACUUUUCUUUUUAUGAUUACUGUUUGUAUCAUGUUGCUUGGAGAACAACUUUCAGUAUGUCCUGCCGGUAUUUCUGAGACGGCUUUUCUUCCCCGUAGAUGCAGACUAGAGACCUGUCUGAUCUCUUUCACACAGAAAAUAUAUUAUUUAGCCUGAGGUCUGAAUAUGCAUUACCUCAUUGGAGCCUACACUUGACUUCCUGCUUUAGUCUCAUCUCUAUUGGAUAAGAACAUUUCAUUGUGCUCUAACCCAGCCUUUUGGGAUUUCACCAUUGCUUUCAUGUUAUGUCACCUAGUUAUUCGUUCACACAUCCUUUUCGCAAAGAAAUGACUUCAGGCUAAUAUAGAACAUGAAUAAAUGAGGUAAUCUAUUGGUUAUAGGAGUGUCUCCAUGUACAGUCAACAAUUUUCAAUCAGGUUCAAGUCAAGUUUAGUUAUGGUCAGCUGCCCUCAUCAAUUGUAUGUUCUGUGCAUCCUUACACGCUUGCACACACUUGAGAUGACUGGUGUGUCAAGAUGAGCAGCAUACAUUUCUGUUGUGCCAAAUUUAACAUACAUGCUCCUAGAAAGAGCAUAUCUGAUUAUACGUAGCAAGUGGAAAAUAUUUUUAAACAAAUGUUUCCUAAUUAUUUGGCUGAAUGAUGCAAUUGUGCAUAUUAUAAUGGCGGAAUUUGUGUUUGGUGUUGUGCAAACAGCUGUUUGUUGUUUUGGCUUCUUAUAUUUUGUAGAUUUUCUAUGAUUUGAUUGAUAAUUGGCAAUACCCUGACUUCAACCAGUCCUUUAACAUUUUUUUAAUGUUUUUAAUGUUUUAUCAAAGCUAGAUUUGUGUAAGAAGGUGUACUUGUGCAGUACCUGGAGAUUUAAACCAAAAUGGAUACACAAAGUGCAGUUUAUUGUUGACAUGGCAAUUGUGGGAGGAAGGUUGCGUGUACAAAAUGUACAGUCCUGGGGCUUGCUUUUCUGUCUUGCAAAAUCCAGAUUUCCCCCCAAAAAAAAUCCAAUUUUUUUUCACGUUGCACAUAAUGUUUUUAUUUGUUUUUUAAACUUGUCUUUAAUAUGUACAUUCAGUUCAUCAUAAAAUGUCUGUUUUAAAUAUUCUUCAAAUGUGGCGUUGGGCAAAUAUAAUUGCUUUGGUUUUACAAUAGGUACUUUUUAAAUUGUAGUCUUUUUCAGAUUACAGAUCUUUGUAUUUAUUGUGUACUUCACUGGAAAAACCUGCGUUUAUGAAUGUGAUCUGAUUGCAUUCUUUUAAAUGAUUCUGAUAACUGAUUGGUAUCAAUUGUUUUCCAUGUAUGUGUAUGUCUACCCUACCGAUCCAAUUCGAAUUAGUUAUUCCAAACAAAAGGUGUGAUCAUUUAGUCAUUUUCUCUUUUACAAUUGGAAUACUCUAGUACUGUCUCUUUAUUCUACCACACCUCUUUGACAAAAAACAUAAUUUUUGCUGUUAUUACCUGCUUAGUAUACUGAGUUAUACAAAUCAUCCACUAGUCCCUCCUACUCACCCUUUUUUGGCAUGAUGACUCAACAUUUUGCCACCCCUUACAACAAGUUCAUGUGUAAAGAAUUGGCCGAUACUUUUCAGCUCUACUGCACUUUGGCAACAUGUCCAUUGAACUUUUAAGUCACAGUUCCCUCUCGAUUGUUUGGGCAUGGCUUGGUAUGGUUGAGAUGAUGUGUCAACUAUUAUUUUUCCUUUUGCUAGUUUGUUUGGCUUCAUAUAAAAAGACAUGUGGGCCUUCUGUAAUAAACGAUAUUCACUUAUGGUUUUCAUA